AUGGGCUUCGAUGCGUUGCAGACGGGGGACUACAUCGAGUACUGCGCCUACGACACGUCGCAUACUCGCCAGGGGACAGUCGUGGCCCGGAUCGACAACGUGAGCGGGGACGAGAACUGGGAAUACGAGCUCCAUGUGUGCAAGGCCCAGGCAAGACAGUGCCGGCAGUCCAAAAGGGGACGGGGCCACGACUUCCACACGGACAAGUACCGCGUCCUCACCCUGGGUGACCUCGCGGACGAGGAGGCCUGGAAGGGCUUUGGAGAGCUCGAGAAGGAGCUCGGGGAAACGCCCCGAAGGAGAAAGAAGAGGGCUCAGAAUGACCCCCAAGGGGGAGGACAUGGACCCCUCAAGAGGGAGGGGAAGGCCGAGCACCUCAAAAAGAAGAAGAAAAGAAAGAAGGAUCCCGGCCAAGGCCGCGCAAGAUCUCUUCCAGCUAAGGCUGAGAAUAAGAAGGAGUGGUUCGGAGAGCAGCUCACGGCGAGCCCGCACGAUGGCUCUCGUACCGACUCCUCGUCACAGUCCUCCUCGAGUUCCUCGGACCAUGGCAAGAAGAAGAAGAAAAAGAAGAAGGCCCGAGCCAUGGGGGCCAAGGACCGGGGCCCGUUUGGGUCAGGACACAGGGUGGACUAUGGAAAGUCGCUGGAGAUCUCCAGCGCGUCGUCCGAAGAAGGCCAGCUUUUUCGGGACGGCCCCUCCUCCGGGAAUGGAACCCAGCUUCAGGAAUACGCUUUGAAGAGGCCGGGAAGGCUGGCCGCUCGGCUGUUGCAAAGGAUGCAAAGCCUGGUGGGGAAGGAGGGGGGGCCGAUCUCGAACAUGACCUACGCCAACAAGACGCGUGCCGUGGCAAUGAACUUCGUGCUGACCGUGCUCGCUCCUCGACAGAUGCCGUUGAGAACGCUGUGCGAGAUGAAGACGCUGGCAGCAGCACUGGACCAGAUCGCAGCAGGUCGGUCCCACUCCGCGGCCGAUCUGCUCGCCCAGCGGCUGAACGCACUCGAGCUCAGCCAGACGGACUCGACUUGGAACGAAGGCCUCUCCAUGAAUGAGUGGAGGAAGAAGAUGAAGACUGUCCUCGACCGUGAGCCCGGCAUGAAGCCCCUGCGGAAGGUCCUGAUGGAGGCGAUGCUUCCUUUGAAGUCCGGCCUGGGAGCCUUCGCAAGGGAGUACAGCAACCCGGAGAAGCUGCCUUCAGGUGGCGAGCCCACACCUGGCUCCCCGGGCCGAGGCCGAAAUCGGGACGUUCUUCCCAUCCACCCGGAGAUGAUCACGGUCGGCCUGAAGGGCAUCACGGAGGACAAUGUGCACUGGGUAAGGGCUAUCAUGACGGCCCUCAACUACCUCUACUGCGCGGGUUGGGCCGCACCGGUCUGUGUCCCAAUGACGAAGUCCCUCAGCCUCUGCCAGCUGAGGGCCAUUGGCCGGAAAGCCGAUCAGGCUGAGCGCUUCGCGAAGCUCAAGCCCAAGAUAGGGCGGGACCUAGAUGCCGGGAAGGUGAUCAAGGCAUGGCCUAAGCCUGGAUCGGCAGCUGUAGUCGACCUCCAGGACUGCCUGCCGGACGACCUGAAGAAGGUGCCCGUGGACAGGCGCGGGCACUUGAUCACCAAUGGGGCCGGCGCGGUCGCAAAAACGAAGGUGGUGGGCGGCCGCACCGAAAUGACCGCUGUCUUGGCUGAGAAGGAGAGCUACCUGGUGAUCGACUCGGAGGACCUCCAGUCUGCCUUCAACCUUUUCCGGCUCCCCUUGUCGUGGGCUCCCCUCUUCAGCUUCGCCAAGAAAGCCGGCUGUGACCUUAAUCCAGGCGACACCCACACGAUCUUGUACCUUGACAAUUUCGAUGAGGUACGCUACCUCAAGGAGGAGAUUGCUGAGAAGGAGGCGGGACAGCCUUCGGAAAACCACAGGCGGUUCAUCACAGCUUGUGAGCUCCUUGGGCUUCCCCGCAACCUGGGCAAACAGCUGUGCGGAGCCUUGACUGGAACCCUCCAAGGAGGAGAACUGCUCGGAAAGGAGAAGAUCCUCCGCCACAGUUAUGAAAAAUCUGUGGAGCUCUUCGAGCUUUCGAUGGCCCUCCUCACACAAGAGCUCAUGAGCGACUACAGCCUGAGGCACUGGACCGGCAAGGCAGCAUUCGCGGCGGCCUUUAAGAGGCCGAUCUACUCGGUCCUGCAGGAGGUUUAUGGUGUGAUGGAUUGGGCUGCCUCCGGAGCCCAGAUCUCACUGCCCAUCGCGGCGAUCGAUGAGAUUUUGGUGUUCAUGGCAAUGCUCCCCUUGGCGGAGACCGAUCUCUCCUCCGAGAUCUCGGGCACCAUUAGCCGUGGCAACUCGGACGGCCACUGUGGCUGUUCCGGCUUUACCCAAGCUGUGCUUCUUGAAAUGUUCGAGGGAUCACGGGGACACGUCCUGCAGGAGCUGGUGGCACGUCCCGUGGUUUGGGGAAAGGUUCAGCGGAAAAGGCUUCCCCCUUCAGGACCGACGCCGGGAAGGAGCGCCUGGACGCCUACGAGGCCGGUGGCAACUUGGUCUGGACAGGGGCGAGUGAUCGUCAAGGACGAUGCACAGCGUGAUGACACCGUCGCCGUGAGACAGGCCAACGCGAUGGCCAGGCGGGCCAUUCGAGGCCUGCUGGAGGCAGCUAGAAGGGCUCUCUACGGAGAAGAGUGGUACUGGACCUCCUUUCCAAUGUGCUGCCACGGCAGAGAAACUGAAGAGUGGACAACGAUUGUUCCGGACGACCCGGAAAACAACGACCCCUACCCGUGGGACUUCUGCCUGGUCUUCAUGCAAGGUGUCUACGACGAGCUGAGGGACCUCAUCUUGGGGACUUUGAUGGAACACCAGCUGAGGGGCUCCACCAAGGGCCUCCAAGACUCUGCUGCUGAGGCCUGGGCAGCAGACCAAACGGUGCAGUUCCUUGAAACAAUGGACACGCACCAGGAAAGCGAGCACCUCAAGUGGUUGCUCCGCCACGCGCACCACACCGGGUGCGACGUCCGUCUGACCAACCGGGGUCACAACGAUGAACAGCACAUCAACAUCCUGGAGCUCACCGCUUUUCUCACGGAGCUCCGACGACGAGCUCGAGACCCAGCCGAACACGGGAGGCGCUACUUCAAUGUGGUAGACCCCCUUGUCUGCUUCUACGUGCUGGGAAAAGGAAGGUCGUCAUCAAAGCGCCUCAACCGUGUUUGCCGCCGCAUAGCCUCAGUCGCCCUCGCAUCAGGAAUGAUCCCAAUGACCAUGAGGACCAUCUCGAAGUGGAACUUCUCCGAUGGUGCGUCAAGGAAAUUUGAACCGCUUCCGCGCACUUGUGCGGAACUCGAUGAGGAGGUGGCCGAACACAUUAACCAGGAGGGAGACAGUGUCUCCUUUGCAGGUUGGGCCCUCUCCGGGCUCAAACGGUUUCACCCACGCUGCCGGGGUCAACUCGCUACCUCGCAGCUCUACCUGCGCAAUUGGCAGCGGGUGCACCUUCCAAAGAGGACAACGCCGUUGUCUUGGCUUGGCGCCAAAGCAAUGGCCUCCGCAGCGGCCCAGGUCGGACGCAUAGACCUGGCAGUAAUAGUGCUUUUGGGGUUUGCCUUUUUCCUUCGGACCAUGGAGCUGCUCUCGCUCGCGGCCACCCAUGUCAGGCUCUUCCCCGACCAAGGCACCGUUAUUAUUGCCAUUGUCAACAGCAAGACAGCAAGACCUCAAAAGGCCUCCAACAGUCGUUGUCCUUGCGGGAACCGGAGCUGGUUCAAGUUCUGGCUUUUUUGUGGGACCGGGCAUGCCCGAGACUCCUCUACAGCAAAACCCCGCUGA